AGCCUCGCAAGUCAGUUUGGAGACAACAAUUUCGACCGAAGUACCAAGAUCGUGCCCAAUUUGUCAGCAGCUAAGGCCCAAUUCUGUUCUAGCUAUUUUUUCAAAGUCUUCGCCAUGUUUUUGAUGGGUGCAGAACAAGAGCAAGGACCGGUUGAAGGCGACACAGAUAAAGAUAAGGAUCAAAUCCGUUGCAACUAUGGCAUUGUCAUCCAAAGUGACAUCACUAACGAAUCUCGGCGAAAAGAGAUGAUGGAGAUUUGUCAGAUCGCUUGCGAAAAGUUUGCACCGGCAGAGAAGAGCCCUUUGGAGAGAGAUAAUCAAGCUGCAGCGGAAAUGAUCAAGGCUACGCUAGAUCAAAAAAUGAGCGGACCGUUUAAUGUGAUUGUGGGGGAAUCCUUCAGUUCGGAAAUGGAUUUUGUGCAAAACAGUUUGUUGUACAUGUUUUUUGGGGGCUACUUAGCCAUUCUCGUUUGGAAAUGCGUGUAGUAAUUCAGUGCCGGAGCCGACAAUCUCAUUUUAGAAUCAGGAUUUAGUACUCCAUGGAAAACGCAAGGUUGCCCACCGGACAAACCCUAGUCUCGAACAACAAAAACAACAAGAACAGCAACAACAACAUGUCAUCCGUCAUCACUAAGGUUAUCAAAAUUAUGGAUUAAAAGGAUGUCAAGAUGCAAAUAAAAUUGCAAA